ACUUCACAUAGAUAAACUUCCUGCAUAAAGUGGGCACCUCCUUAAUAGUUCUUCAGCUGAGUCCACCUGAGCAUACACUAUCAGAACUUUUAAACAACAACUUCAACAAACCACAUUUCACUUCAGGUGAAGAUCACAACUUUUUCAAGAAUGUCCAACAAGGUCAUAUCAACCGACAACUCUACAGUUGUUAUCCGAAUAAAUCCACAGGUGGAGAGUGUUGUUAUUUCUGAUGAUGGACAAGAAGAAAAAGAACCAUAUCACAAUACAGUUUUUAAAGGAUUCCUUAAAAUACAACCAAAGCCACUGGGGGUAUGUAUUUUUCAUAAUAUUGUACAGAUAAUGAUUGGAGUAACAAUCUUCUUAUAUGGCAUUGUACUCAACGAUAGCUAUCUUGAUAGAAUUUCUGUCUACAGUGUCAUAACCCGCUGGACAUCCCUCACUUACAUCACUGCUGGUUCUCUGUCUGUUGCAGCAGAACAUAAACUUCAUUUGUGUCUGGUGAAAGCCUCUCUUGGAAUGAAUGUGCUCAGUGCCAUAACUGCUGGGAUAAACAUAAUUCUGAUCUCAAUAGAUAUAACAGUACUGUCUUCAACUGGGCAGCAUUGUGUCUACAAUGAAAGUGAUGCAAAUGACUAUGACAUGCCUAUCUGUUUACAUUUUGAGACUCUCAGUCAUGCGGUCAUCGGAACAUUUUUGGUCUUCUCCAUCCUUCUGCUCAUCAUCUCUGUCUGUAUCUCAGCAUUUGCCUACAAAGCCACCUGCGGCAGUGACUCCAAUGAGGACAGUGUUUCACUAAAUCAGCAAAGACCCUGAGUCACAGUGAGGAGUUCCUACAGUGCAAAGGUUGCAAAGAAUUAAUUUCUCAUAUUGUUACUUAUGAUUACUCAAGUUUUUUUAAUCGUUUUAUUCUGAUGUUUUAGUCAUCUGAACAGAAAAAAAAAAAUGUAUCAGUAACAACAGAGCAAUAACAUUUGUAUUUGGCCACAUGAGAUAUGGAAAUACUGUAAAGGUUUUACUUCUAUUGAAUAUUCUUUGUUCAGUCAAGACCUUAUGUACCUUAUGUAUUUUUACUUCUCAAAUGUUUGACAUGGACCAAAGGUUGUAUUCUUUUACCAAAGUUUGGAAUGAGCUGCAUAGCCUGUAUGUUUAGUCUAUAGCGAUGAUACCACACUGGUGCAGAGUAAAUGCCCAUAAACACCAAGCAGUUUUUUGACUCCAGUAAUGUAAUGUCUAAUGUUCUGAAGUAAAUAUGGUAGAUAUGCAAUAAUUCUGCUUUUCAUGAUAGCCAGGCCCUUUUAAUUUGAUCCUAAAGAUAGGUAGACAUAACAAUGCACAGAAUGAGUCCUUAAAGUAGCUAACUGACUGAGCAGGUUUCCUUUACAUAGUGGAAUAGUAUAUACAUUUUUUGUUACUCUUGUCAAGUCUGUUUAAUUUAAAAAAAAACAUUAGCUGAUGUAUUUGAGAACAGAUUUUGACAAAAUAAAACAUGGCAUGGCACAUGCUACUGUAUAUGUAUGUGAUAUGGGGUAAAAGUUAUGCUUCUAUUAAACAUCCAGACAAUCCAUUUGCCCUAUGACUGAAGGCAUAGUUGGUGUAGGUGUAAUUAUUGAAGGUUUAAUUCUUUUCUGUAGUAAUAAAAAUUACAAUAAAGUCAUUAUUUAUUCACCCCCGUGUUGUUAUAAACCCGUACCACUUUCUUUUUCUGUACACAAAGGGAAAAUAAAUUGUGCUCAGUGAUGUCAUACAAUGACAUUUUAUGGUGACCACUGUUCUUUUUGGCAUUUUCUGAUUUGUUCUUUCGUUUUUUGGAUUUGCUGUUGUGUUUUAUACAUUUGUUUUGUAUCUGAAUUGUUAUUUUGUUUUUGGAUUUGCCAUUGCGUUUUCAGUCUUGUUUUGUUUUGCACUUCAUGGCCACCAUAGGUUACCAGCACAAGGUCCAUGACGAUACAUUUUGUUGACGCACUGGCACCAACCACAGGAAUUAUGUCGUAGAGCUAAAAGUUCAUCCACCUCCUUGAACUGUAUUUGAGAUUUACAGUGCAUAAUAAUAAUAAUAAAAUAUUUUUUACAGAAUAAUUUAUGUAAGUGCUUUAUUAAAAAAGUGAGCAAGAGAUUUAGGCAAGACACUUAUAAUGUUUACUUCCAUUAUAAGUGCCUUACUCAAACACUGAUUUUUAGAAAGUGAGGGCUGAGUAGAAAUAAUAUUUUGUGGUGUCUGAUCAACAUGAUGCAACAAAUGCUGUUGACUGAGCUUAACCUAUAUUGAAAGCAGAACAUUCCUUGAAGUUGCAUUUAACUCUGCAUAUCUACAGUUUCUGGGUGAGCAAUAACGAGGAACUAAAAUAUCAGUACUGGUGUGAAUGAAAAGGGGGUGGUGAUAACCAUACAAGUGGUACAGGGAUGUUAGGUUGGUGGCAAAUAUUUACUUACUUAAAAUAACACCUCAUUUGCAAUCUAUAAAAAAAACGUAAUUCUAUCCAUCGGUCUGGCAGUCCACACAGCAUUGUAUUAAUUAUAUGACUGAAUUUAAAUCAAAUUAAUCUUGGGAUAUUGGGAUGAAAAAGGAAUAUUUAACCUUUUUUUAGGCCAAAGAACCCUUGGUGGAUAGAGAGGGAGCAGGGACCUUUUUCUGUAAAGCUUCUUAUUUUCUGUAAGCUGCUUUGAAACGAUAUGUGUUGUGAAAA